AGGCAGGGGCGGAGGAAGGAAGGAAGGAAGGAAGGAAAGAAGGAAGGAAGGAAGGAAGGAGUCGAUAAAAACCAGUGGACCACAGUCGCCCGCGGAGUCCAAGACGGAGUGGAUGAACGGAUCCGACCUUUUUCCUUGUACGGCGUCUUUCUAUAGCUGCGAAGGAGCUGCUCUACAAUGAUGCUCCAACUCGUGCAUCUCGUGGCGUUGUUGGUGUGCGGCAGCCAAGCUAUCCUGCAGGUUUCCAUUUCUUUGAGCAAGGUGGAGUUAAGUGUUGGAGAGUCCAAGUUCUUCAUCUGCACAGCCAUUGGCGAGCCGGUGAGGCUGGAGUGGUACAAUCCUCAGGGCGAGCGCAUCGUGGCCUCCAAGCGAAUGGCGUUGCACACGGAGGCCUCGCGAUCCCGGCUCAUCAUCUACAACGCCGUUGUGGAGGACGCCGGCAUCUACCGCUGCCAGGCCACUGAAGCCGGUGGUCGCAUGGCAGAGGCAUCAGUGGUGCUGGAGAUUUACCAGAGGCUGACUUUUCGAGACAUCCAGUCGCCGCAGGAAUUCCGCUACGGUGAUACGGCGGAGGUGGUGUGUGAUGUCAUCAGCUCGCCGGUGCCGCAGGUCGUGUGGUCCUACCAGGGGAGGGAGAUCACUGAGGAACGCCACAGCAGGUUCAAAGUGCUGACAAACAACAGCCUGCAGAUCCACCGCGUGACCAAAGCGGACGAGGGAGUGUACCGUUGCGAGGCCAGCGUGGAGGCUCGCGGCGAGAUCGACUACGUGGAUAUCGCCGUGGUGGUCAACGUUCCCCCGGUUCUGUCCGUUACCCAACAGUCAUUCAACGCCACCGCCGACUACCAGGAGUCCGUCACCUUUACUUGCAUCACCUCCGGAUCGCCCGACCCUGUGGUAACAUGGCACAGGAAAGGCCAGCGACUGGAGCCAUCGGAUCAGUACAUUCUAAGUCAACUGGAAGGGGGGCGGAGCAUGCUCACCAUCCGCAACAUCCGUCAGGUUGACGGAGGCUUCUACUACUGCAAGUCUGCCAACAAGGCCGGCUCUCAGGAGAUGGAGCUCUUCCUCAAAGUAUUUGUCCAGCCCCACAUCACCCAACUGAAGAAUGUGACAGCGGUGGAGGGCAACGCCGCCAUGAUUUCCUGCGUGGCUGAGGGCGAGCCGUUGCCGGACAUCUCCUGGAGACGAGCCAGCGAUGGGCGGACCUUUGUGGACGGAGACAAGAGCCAGGACGGACGCUUCGAGGUGCGCGCUCACCACGGCAAAUCGGUGCUGACCGUCAGCGGCGUGAGGCUCGCCGACCUGGGCCGCUUCGACUGUGAGGCGCUCAGCAGGAUCGGAGGGCAUCAGAAGAGCAUGUUCCUUGACAUUGAGUACGUACCAAAGUUCUUGAGCAACCACACCAUCUACUAUUCUUGGGAGGGCAACCCGGUGAACAUCAGCUGUGAUGUGAUGUCCAACCCGCCCGCCACUUUGCUGUGGAGGAGGGAACACUUUGCCAUCUCGCCGGAAGGGACCAGCAACACUCGGGUGCACAACGGCAUGGGCAAGUCUCUACUAGAGGUUACGCCCAUGUCCGACAGGGACUUUGGUCGUUACAACUGCACCGCCCGCAAUAACGUCGGCAUUCGCUACCAGGAAUUUAUUCUGGCCCAGGCAGAUGUGCCGUCCAACCCGUACUCGCUACGCCUGUCAGCCAUCUCCCAGCGUUUGGCUACCGUCACGUUCAUGAAGCCCGAUUCCCACGGCGGCGUGCCCAUCGGCUAUUACCUGGUGCAGUACAAGGAGGUGGGCCCGCAAGACUGGAAGGACGUCCGAUCGCAGAGUGUGCAGACGACGGUGGUGCUGAGCGGCCUGGAGCCCAAUACGACGUACGAGGUUCGAGUGGCGGCCGUCAAUGGGAAGGGUCAGGGCGAGUUCAGUCACAUGGAGACUUUCCAGACUUUACCCAUACGAGAACCGAGCCCACCGGCAGUCCACGGGCAGAGGGGACUGGGCAAAGCCUACAAGCUGGGCUUGGUCAAGCAGGAUGACGGCGGCAUGCCCAUCGUGGAAUAUAUCGUCAAGUACAAGACAGAUAAAGAAGAGCAAUGGAUGACCAAGCUGGUUCCGGGCUCCAAUGACUUUGCCACUUUGCAGCCGCUGCAGUGGAACACCCGAUACGAGGUGGAGAUUACGGCCCGCAAUGUUAAAGGCUUGUCGGAGCCCACCUUCUAUCAGUUCUUCAUGCCACAGAAACCGGAAAUCACAGAAUCCCUCUUCAACGGGCUGAGCCUCGGGGCGGUGGUGGGCCUGGGCCUGGGAGCGCUCCUGCUGCUUCUUGUCCUGGUGGACGUCAGCUGCUUCUUCCUGCGCCACUGUGGUCUGCUGAUGUGCAUCACGCGCACGCUGCGCAGCAAAAAGACAGCCACCGGCGGCAAAGAAAUGGAAGAGGGCAAGGCCGCCUACCUGAAACUGCCGCUGAAGGAAGAAAAUGGCAAAGAGUCUCUCAAGCCGGAUACGAUUGAAAUCAAAUUGCAGGGCGACCGCCGCAUCCACGCCGAGCCGGACGACAGCAAAGCAUAGAAGGGAUGGGGAGGGGGGCGGCGGCGGCGGCGGCGGCAGCUUUCCCGCAAGAAAAUUCGGAUCACCAGACCAAAACCCUAACAAACAUACUGCGAUGGAAGGACAGAAAUACGGCAUGUGUAAAUAGAAAUACUCCAUUGAAGCGUGGGUGAGUGGUGACAUGACAUCAGUGAAAAAUGAUUGUAUAUUUCUUGUUUUGUUGUGUCCGGUUACGAUGCUUUUAUGUGACCCCCCGCCCCUCCUUUUCAUAUGAAAAGUAUUCACAGUUGAGUCAUUGCUCCCCCGCUGAGCUCUCUCUCGCUCAGCAUCAUCACGCUUGCGGGCCAUUCUAGCAAGAGAAGCUCAACGAUACGCCCGUGAUGUCAACCUUCUUAGUUUGCCUGGCGUGAUUGGGCAAGCUUCAGUAUGGACAAACUAUUUUCUACAGAACAGGAGGAAAGAAUCCUUUCAUUCUGUGUUGCCAGAGAACCAACGAAAAGGGACUCGUAAAAUAAAAAAGACAAAAAAAAGAAUGAUGUCGUGGCAAGUAGCGUAUGUGGGUUGAGUUGUUUUCAAAAGUCUUUUUCUAAAGUAUUGACGAUGAGUAUUGCUGCCACUGUUGUCAUCUCUCAUCACGCAAUGGAUGUUUUUGCUGUUUCCGUCUCCUCCUGCGAGCUUGAACUGUGAACGUUUCGAUCGAUCCGAGCGAGCGAGCGAGCGAGCGCUUUGUCGGAGGGAACCAAGCGACCAAUCGAGACAGCAGUCAACAUUUACCUUGAUAUCUUUGCGCUCUGUGCCUCUGAUGUCUCCUCAAAGUCCCCCCCCCCCCCCCCUUUCUCCUUUUGCUCGCUGACAUUGUCACGUGUUGUACAUAGGUGAGAAGAAAAAAAAUAUUUUGCAGAGCUUUUAUGUAAAUACACCAUACAGGAUGUGACUUUUUUUUUCUUCUUUUGCAAAAGGCACAUUCUUCUUUUGUCAUGUUGUAUUCCGUCCAAAGCUUAGCGCUCGUCCAACUUUUGAUUGUUUUGUCAAAUCUGCAGCGAUCGCGUUCAUCUGAAUUGAAGAGGUCAUUCUAUUUGUUGAGACAUGAAUGUUUAUAUGCACUGGGAAAUGUAGUAAACACUGAAGAGAACAUUAGUAGGAGGGGUGGGAUGACUACUGAUGCUGACUGAUAACAGGUCUGUCAAAAAAAUUCCAGGACCGGCGGCGCAAUCGAUAUCUUUCAACACACUUUUUCAGUCCACUCUGUGAUGCCUUCGGAUCUCCUUGAGCUAGGGAAGGAGGGGCAAAAUCAUGAGUGGUCGAGAAUGUUGCUCCAGCACGGACGGCAACGUUGUUCUCUGCCAGGAAGUGUCAGAUGCUCAGGGUAUUGAGAGCAGGUGCGAGUUGAAACCACAGCAUUUGCUACAGGAUCGCUUUGUGGAGGUGCCGCUUGAUAGCCUGAGCUCCACAGAAGGACCAUUUGGUUUCUUUUGUGACACCAGCCCUAGAACUUUUCUGACCUACCAUGUCGAGCUCAAUUCAUUUCUCACCCAGUGUGUUUUAUGUGUCAGGAAACUGAUGUAUUUUUUGCAUUUGCAUGUCCUUUGUCCUAUAAGCCCGGCCCCCCAUUUGGAAACUCAACUUUGUCUUUGGCAGCUCCGAUUUUAUUUUUCUACUGUAUUUUUCAUUUGAUGCUGUGUGAGAUGAUCACGACCUCCCAUGAAUGUGACUCGUUGAUUUAUGCACUUGUGGACCGUGAUUGACUCCCCCAGGCCGCCGCUCAGACUGUGGAUUAUUUUUUUGCUUUGUUUUUUUACAACGUACUUUGUCGCAGCCAGCCAGCCAGCCCAUGCACCCGAAUGACAAGCGCGGCCCCGCCACGUCACGUGGCGCAGUCCCGCCACGUGGCGCUGUCCCGCCACGUGGCGGUUCCACUGCCUAUCACGCCGACUAUAAACGCGAGUGCACAGUGCCUAGGUGGGGUUACGAUUUGUACGUGUUCUUUUUGUAUUUGACGUCGGAACUUACUCUUCAUUCCUCCCGUGUCCGUUCCAUUCUUCUAUCGGGGGAGGGGGGGGGGGUCAAACGGGUGCGUGUGAUCUGAGUGUACAGUGCGCGUCGUCUUCAUGCCCCAAAUUUCUUUGCACCCGUUUGGACCUUCAACCCUAAGCCCUCGCGGAAUAUGCUUUGUGCAGGCAGGACGUGGGAAUAUCGAUGUCUCUCUGUAUGUACCUGUGCAACACUUGUGUCAUAUGUAAAUAAACAUGUCCUGGUAGAAGAG